UUGGGAGACAGACUAACUGACGAACCACUGUCAGCUGACUGCAGGCACUGUCUGUCUUCAUCUUUAUCAUCUGCUAAAGUACUGGACAGAAACAAAGACUCCUCAUCUGCUUUGUUAGUUUUUCUUUGGACUUGUAUUUUGAGAAGUGGCCGAACUUUGUUGUCAAAAUGUGUAGGUUGGGGUUAAGGGUUGUGUUGUUGUUGUGGGGUACAGUAAUGUUUGUUUCUGGGAUGAGAAGAGAGUACGUCCUCAGGAUAGAGGAAGUGUCUUGGAAUUAUGCUCCAAGUGGGAUGAACAUGAUUCAAAACCGCACACUGCAGGACGAUGAAGAAGCUUCAGUGUUUUUAAAGAAAGGCCUCCAGCGUAUCGGCCCCACCUACAAGAAGGCAGUUUAUAAGCAGUACACGGACGGCACCUACAGGACGGAGGUGCAGAAGCCAGACUGGCUGGGUUACAUGGGCCCAGUGCUGAUGGCUGAGGAGGGAGACACAGUGGUGGUCCAACUGAGGAAUGCAGCAUCCAGACCUUACAGCAUCCAUCCACAUGGGCUGAACUACAGCAAAGGCAAUGAGGGAGCUCUGUACCCAGACAAUACAGGUCCAGAACUGAAGCGUGACGACUCGGUGGCUCCAGGUAGAACAGUGAUUUAUGAGUGGAGCCUCCCUGAAUCCCACAGCCCAACAUCACAGGACAGCAACUGCAUGACCAGAUUCUACCACUCCCACGUCAGCCCACCAAGAGACAUCAACUCAGGACUGAUAGGACCCCUCAUUGUCUGCAAGAAAGGAACCCUGGACCUUCAUGGUGACAGGUCAGGAGACUACAUGUAUGCUCUGCUCUUCAUGGUGACUGAUGAGAACUUUAGCUGGUACCUGGAUGAAAACAUCAGGACCUAUAUCACAAAUCCUGCCAGAGGCCUAAAGGAGGAUGAAGAUUUCAUUGAAAGCAACAAGAUGCAUGGUAUUAAUGGUUUUCUGUAUGGUAAUCUGCCUGGACUGAGCAUGUGCCAAGGAAACAAGAUUCACUGGCAUUUGAUGGCCCUAGGCAAUGAGGUGGACAUGCAUUCAGUUCAUUUCCAUGGCCAGAUCCUGACCACCCUGAACCACCACACAGACACGAUCAGUCUUUUCCCGGCCUCCGGCACUACUGCAGAGAUGGUGGCUGACACCCCUGGACACUGGCUUCUGACAUGCACCGUCAAUGACCAUCUGAUGGCUGGGAUGCAAGCUUUAUUUGAGAUCAAGAAGUGUUUCCCCAACGUCCAUAAGCCAAGACCUCAUGGUGAGCUCAGACAGUUCUUCAUUGCUGCUGAAGAGGAAGUCUGGGACUACGCUCCCACUGUUCCUACUGAUAGCGAGGCCGACAUGUUUGUAACUCGAGGUCGGAACCGCAUUGGAAGUCGCUAUAAGAAGGUGCGCUAUGUGGAAUACACUGACAACACCUUCAUGACAAAGAUGCUCCGCAGCCCAGAAGAGCAACACCUUGGAAUACUGGGUCCUGUGCUGCGAGCUGAAGAGAAGGACACUAUCAGGGUGGUGUUUAAGAACAAAGCCAGCCGGGCCUACACGAUUCAGCCCCAUGGAGUACAGUACAGUAUAGAGCAGGAUGGGACACUCUAUCACAAUGAACUGGAAGAAUCAUACACAGCAAAGAAACUGCGGGAGCUAAAGAGAGAGCCAAGAGUGGUGACUCCUCCCCCAGCUGCUCUGGUCAAACCUGGAACGUUGCACACCUAUGAGUGGCUGGUUCCUGUGGGUGCUGGCCCUGUGGCAGGAGAGGCCGACUGUCUGACAUAUAUGUACUACUCUGCAGUGGACCCCGUUAAAGACACCAACUCUGGACUGGUUGGGCCCCUCCUCGUCUGUCGACCUGGUUCACUGAAGAAAGGAGUACAGAAAAACUAUAAUAAAGAGUACCACCUCAUGGCUACAGUAUUUGAUGAGAACCUGAGCUGGUAUUUGGACGACAACAUCAAGACUUACGCCACUGUUCCCACCUCUGUCAACAAGGAGGAGGAGGGCUUUGUGGAGAGCAACAAAAUGCAUGCCCUCAAUGGGUUUGUCUACAGGAACCUCCCUGGUCUGACCAUGUGUAAGGGGGAUAAAGUAACAUGGCACCUGUCAGGACUCGGUUCAGAGGCGGACAUCAACACUCUUUACUUCCAGGGCAACCGCUUCCUUUACCGCCAGAACAGACGAGACACCAUCAGUGUUUUCCCUCACAUCUCACACACCGUCACUAUGGAGCCUGACAGCAUGGGUCAGUUUGAAGUGGUGUGUCCUACAGUGAAUCAUUACCGUGGAGGGAUGCGAGCCAACUACACGGUGGAGAAGUGCAGCAUGUUUCAGCGUCAGGGGGAGGUGAUGCUCCACUCAAAAACCUACUAUAUCGCUGCCAUGGAAACAGACUGGGACUACUCUCCAAACCGCACCUGGGAGGCAGAGAUGUUCACCGGUCAAGAGAGUCCUGCCCGCGUCUUUCUGGACCAGCAAGGUGGCUUUAUCGGCUCCCGUUACAAGAAAGUUGUCUACCGGCAGUACACCAAUGACAAGUUCACCAAGCAGGUGGAAAGAACAGCUGAUAUGGAACACCUGGGCAUUAUGGGUCCAAUGAUUCAUGCCAACGUCGGAGACAAAGUGAAAGUGGUUUUUAAGAACAUGGCAACCAGACCAUAUUCUAUCCAUGCCAAUGGUGUCAAGACAGAAACUCCUGAUGUCCACCAAACCCAACCAGGUCAAACUCACACCUAUACCUGGUACGUGAACAAGAAUACAGGACCGACCACAGAGCAGGAGGAGUGUUCCGUGUCAGCGUAUUACUCCACUGUUGAUGUCGCCAAGGACCUUUACAGCGGGCUGAUUGGUCCGUUGGUGAUCUGUCGCCGUAGCUGGACCAGGAGUUUGGGCCUGAAGAAGGAAGUAGAAGAGUUUGCACUUCUGUUCUUGGUCUUUGAUGAGAAUGAAAGCUGGUAUCUGGAUGAAAACAUCAGGACACACAUCAGAAACCCUCGCACAAACUUGAAGGAUGAUGAAACCUUCAUCGAGAGCAACAAGAUGCACGCUAUUAAUGGUUAUGUGUAUGGUAACGUGAACGGUUUGAACAUGGAGGUGGGUGAUAAGGUCUACUGGUACCUGAUGGGAAUGGGAAAUGAGGUGGACAUACACACUGUACACUGGCAUGGCCACAGUGUGGAAUAUAAGCUGGGUGGAGGUCCUCAUCGCAUUGAUUCAUAUGAGCUGUUUCCAGCCACCUUUCAGACAGUAAAGAUGCGUCCUCAGUAUGCUGGUACCUGGUUGCUCCACUGUCACGUCACUGACCACAUUAAAGCUGGCAUGGAGGCUUUGUACACUGUUACUGAAAAAGCACAGAGGAGGGGAAUCAUAGGCUGAGCUCUGGAGGAAAAUGGAUCCAGAAAGAAGCAAACAUGGACAAAUUAAAAGUUGAUUUUAGUUCCUAAUUUACUAAGCAUCCCUGUUUGUAAAAUCAGCUUAAUGUGAACUGACUUCAUAUAUAAUAUCAUCCGAGUGCUAUGAUGUUUUCUAACUGACAAGAAGAACUGCCAGACUAGUGUGAAGAAAGAAAUUAAAACUUUCCAGUUAAAUUUAA